AUGGGUAUCAUCGGGGAGAACCUCACGGAGGGCACGCGCAAGCAUCACAAUCCACAGUGGGACAACGGCGGCAAACCCGCCAACCCCAACGCGGACGCCAUUCGACGCAAGCACGAGGAGCGAGCGACCGGCACGGUGGACUGGGCGUCGAGGUUCGCGGAGGACGCCCGCUUCGGCGGCGCCAAGGAGCGGUUCCUCGCGGAGCAGCGGGGGCAUUCGAUCAUGCCGGCCGAACCGCCGGACGCCGCGUCGCACGAGGAGGUCAUGGCCGACUUCGCCGCCUUGGCCGAACGCGCCCGGGCCAUCGCGGCGCAGGCGCACGAGCAGGUUGGAGACGUGGACCACGCCGAGGAGCGCGAGAGGCUCCUCGCGGCGGACGCCAAGUGGGGCGCGGCGCUCGCGAGGGACGGGAGCAAGUACUACUGGAACAAGGACAGCGGCGAGACGCGGUGGGGGGUGCCGGAGGAGCUGCGCGGCUCCGGCCUGCGGUUGGUGCGGGGGAGCCCGAUGGCGCAGCCGUCGCUGCCGCCGGGGUGGAAGGAGCUCAGGGACAACGAUCGGGGCGGGCGGGCGUACUACUGGGAGACGUCGACGGGGAGGAGGCAGUGGCGCCGGCCGGAGCCGGUCGGGGCGGUGACCGCGCGGGUGCUCGCGGCGAGGAUCAACCAGCCCCCGCCGCCGCCGACGGCGCACCCGGACGACGAGUCGUGA